UUUCUCACAAAAAAUUAAAUAUAUCUCGUUUUUAUGAAAUCUGAACUAAGUCCAGAAGCCCCGGUAUAUAUCCCACCUCCCUUAAGAAAUGUAGCAUUGAAAUCAUCAUUUUCCUCUUCCAAAUCAUCCCCAAAUCCAAAAGAACCUCAGUGUUCAAGAUAUUCAAGGAAAUCAGUCCGAUCCUCGAGUAGUGCGAAUAACAGCCCCCGACCUAUAUUGGGGAACAAACCACCUUUUCCGAGACCAAUUUUAGGAAGGAGAGAUGAUUCCGAAGUUAAGGAUAUUAACGAUGAUGUUGAAGAAUAUAUCGGAAAAGAGUACAGAAGAAGUUUUAGUAGAAUGAAAUUAGAAGACGAAGCUGACACCUCGUUUAACGAAGAAAAUUGCGAAUGAAAGUUAAAGA